AUGAUUGGAUCCGGUCGUUCUUCUGUGGCAGAAGUCUGUGAUAUUAGUCGUGCAAAUGUUGCUGACGGUGCCACCUCAGAAGCGUUGGCGGCUCUAAAAUCUUUGGGGGCCAGUGGAAAGCAUUCGAACAACCAAGAGCGUGAUUUGCACCGUUGGCUUGGAGGGUUGCACGGUUGCCGACUCGAAGCCUUUAAGGUCCCUUUCCUUCUUUGUGUUCCCGGCAAGGAAGCUCUUUCAGAGGUCCAAGUGCCCAUCCUGUUGCCGCAUGAGAUCAUAGAUGCUUUGUGGCAAGCGGGUCCCUUUCAGUUUCAACGAUCCAUGACUGGAGCUAAAGAUCACAAGUCCAUUGAAGCUUUCUGGGAGCACUGUGCAACACUGGAAGAGUGGCGUGACCACCCUUGCUUGAAGCGCCCAAGUAUCACUCGAUCUCGUCUCCUUCCUAUAGUGUUGCACGUGGACGGUGCAGAGUUCUACAGCAACAGUGAGUACAUGGUUUGGUCUAUGGGAUCUGUCUUCGCAGAAGGGCAUGUUUGGGAUAUCAAGUUUCCUUGCGUGUGCAUACCACAUGCCCUCAUGCACAAUGUGAAAGAAAAGGUCCACGAGCGAGUGGCCGAUGUCCUUGCCUGGUCGCUCCGUGCUGCGGCUGCAGGACAAUGGCCAUCUCGCGGGCCUUUCGGCGACGAACUCUCUGGCUUCAGAGGAGAACUUGCUGGGACUGUGAUGUCAGGGGGCUGGCAUGAGAUCAGUGGGUGCUGGCAGACGCACCUGAUUUCUUGGCAACACUUGGCGCACCAGUGCGAAGUGAAGGGUUGGAAACUUUUCAGGCUCCGACCCAAGCAUCACCAACUCGAUCAUUUAGCGAUCCAGGUUGCCCGAACAAAGCUGAACCCGAGGAAAGUCAUGGCAUGUUUCAGCGAUGAAAGUUUUCUAGGUUACCUUAAAAGAAUAGGGGUCAGGUGCCAUGUUUCCAACAUGAUGGACCGUUUGUUCCAACGGUACAUCAUGUUCCUUAGCCUUCGUUGGCACGACGCGAAGACGCUUUGA